UUUGUGGGUUUUUUUCCUUCCUGAAAGUUUACGCAGGGCUGUUGUUGCGCGCAUCCAACAUGACAGAGAAAGUAACGGACAUCGCGGCUGGCAGUGAUUCCCUGCUGUGCUGGUUACUGCAAUGAAUGGUAACACUGUCCAGCAGACCACAGGCACUGCACCGUUCGUAGCACCUCCUUGUGGAUGGAGGGAGUUCUGCGAGUUGCAUGCCAGCAGCACUGCCCGAGAACUUGCCCAGCACUACCGGCGCUUCGUCAGAGAGCGGCCGGUGCAGGAUGUGGUCCCGCCGGAAAGUUUCUCGAAGCAAUUCAGCGCCCUCUUCCAGCACCACUUCAGCAGCGAGGUGGCUAAAGAUGCAGAACCUGCCCCACGUCUGCCGCCACCACCACCCUUACUGCCCAUGACUGCCCGCUUACGCAUCACUUCCUUCUCAGGGGUGCUGGACUACCGGGAGACCGUGCGGCCGGGAGUGACUCCGCUAGUUGCCGUGUUGGCACCCAAACCAGAUGCCGCCGGCGUCCCUAGGGAACAGGAGCAGUUGCUGCGCUACUCUCCUGCAAACACUACACAUAGAACGCGGCAUCAUAGCCAAGAAGAUGAACACCCGGAGCGGAGGACCGAGUCUGAACAAUAUUCUCCCCCUUUGUUUCCCUUUCCUUCCCGUAGUGACGUAACCCACUUUUCCGUCAGGGGCAUUCGAGAAAGCAUAUGCCGACUCUUUAAAAAAUCCCCGCAACUUGACGAAUCCUCAAGUGGUUUCCCAAGGGAGGAUUCGAUCAAAGGACCCUCGGCGACUGUUGAAUGCACCCCUCAAACCCCACCUCAGACUGUGCAGGUACCCGCCCAUCGCACCUCGCAGAAGGGUGCGUGGUGGGAACGAUGGAAUCCAUUGCGAACUGUGAGACGGAGACAAGAGACAGGAAGUGUUUGUAAAGAGGGGCAGCUGAGGUACCUGGAGGUGGAUGACACUAUCUCAGACACACCCCCGCAUUGGUUGCGCUGCCGCCUGCAGGUCAGGAGGAUCAACGAACAAACCACUAGUGAGAGGUACCAGCUGGAGCUCUAUGACCCACCUAAGGACUACAAAAUGCCAAAGCUCACUGUACCCUGUUCGGACAUCCAAGAGAUUCGACGCUGUAAUCGCCUAGAGAUGCCAGACAACAUGAACACAUUUGUCUUAAAGGUUACUGGUCAUCCGGGUAGUUUUAUAUUUGAGGCUGAUAAUGAGCAGCAGGUGAGCUCUUGGACCACAGAGCUCAGAGAAUGCAUCACCAGCAGGUCAGAUAGUGUGGAUGGAGAACCGUUUCCUGUUAGCGACUCGCUCAACACAGCUCGCAGAGGGAGUACAGAGCCCGGCGGCCAGGGCGAGUCACGGAAUAUGUUUUCCUAUUCACAUUUGCGUCUAUCUUUAACUGAAUGGGGUCAGUGUCGUGUGCAGCACCUGCGUUUCCCAUCAGUCAUGGACAUGCUGAGUCACUUCCGCAACUGUCCGAUCCCGCUGGAGUGCGGCGCUGCGUGUGAAGUUAUGUUGGUCAAUUAUGUGCGGGUAAACCCCACUCACACAGGUCAGAGUUCGGCUAUUGGCUCUCCGUUAUUGGUGCCCUUCUCUCGCUGGAGCUCAGAGCAGAGUCUGGCUCACUGUAGUCCCGAUUCUUGCCCUCACUCCAGCCCCUCCACGGCCCAGUCGUCAGCAUUAGCCGCGCUCCAGCACCACAUGCCCCUUUCGUUUCCAGAUCGCCCCGUCCCCCUGCGCCGGAGCGAGUCGGUGGGCCGCAGAAACCUGCUCCGCCACCCCAACCCGCUGCCGCCCCUACUGCCCAACCGGGACUCUGACUACGAACUGGAGCCUCCCAACAGGGGGCGCAAAAGAGCCAUCGACAACCAGUACAUGUUCUUCUGACAGAGACAGAGGAUGAAAAAGAAAACAAAAGAAGCCACAGAUGAAAAGUGCUCCAGAAUUCCCGCCCGGAUGGAGAGCAUGCGGCAGCCAAAGGAGUUCCAGUCGUGCGAGAUUGCGCACGAGACUCGGGGUAGAGGCACGGGUGGCACUCGUGUGUUGCACAUGUGUCUGAACGAUACUGCCUGACACCCAACCCUGCCAGCUGUCUACCUUGUGAAUGUAUUAUACAGAUGUUUCACUAUCAAAUCGGUGUAGAAAAACUAAAGUAGGAAGGUGAAGUAGACAGCUGCUUAGAGGAUUUGUUGGAAGUAGCAGAUGGGAACGUUUCACGACGGCUGGUGAGUAAGUCGUACACAAAGCAAGGGUCUAUUCAAACGCGUCUGUGUCUACACUGGAAGCGGACGAUAUCGCAACAACUUGAGGCCGUCUGCACUGGAUACGCUCACAGUCAGCCGGAAGCUCGAGGCUAGACUUCAGUAAUCGACGAUUACUAAAAUGACAAUCGAUCAGACAAAAAACAUCUUUAUUUUUAACAGAAAUGCAUUAAAUUGAUUUUGCAUGUGAUUGAUUUGAUAAUUUGAUGUAUGUUCGUAUUCGUACAACUGCAUAUGCUUAUGGUUAGACAUAACAAAAUGAUUUAAAUUAAUAAGUCCGACCAGAAGGCUAGACUUCAGCGAUUAUUAAAAUGACU